AAACACCGUCAGCCCGACUUUAUCCCCACCAUUCUUGUUCCGGCAUCCGUUUCAUCUCUUUUGCAGCUUUUUAACAUUCGAGAGUUUUUGGAGCGUGGCGUCUACAUUGACCCACCGACACUGUUUGUGGAUGAAGAGACGGGGGCUGUAAAUGUGCAGGAAAACAAGCCAGACACCGUCAUUGUGUCCCCUGGAAGCUUUUUGGAUACGGAAAAGUACACCGUGGCGUAUAAAAUGUUUCGUGUGGUGGAUGAUCCGCAGCAGGUAAAAAAUUGGCAGCAUGUGUGUGCGUGCAUCGUGGAUGGGAACGAGUGGCAGUUUCGUGGUUGGUUUCCCAACGAACCCGCCCCCGUGCCCGUGAGUGAAUUAUUCCAGCGACUCUGUGGCUUCCUGCCGUACCUGGAGGAGGAAAAGCUGCCAAAGGCAUUGCAACAAUGGCACGUUAAGCCACUCCCACUGACGCGUCGUGUUGUCAAAUCGCAUGCGCACAUUCUUCAGGCCUCUGUUUUUUGGGAGCGCUUGUACACGUUCCUGGAGACACAUCCCUUUUUCAAGCUCUUCACGGUGCCGCUUGACUGA